GGGGGCGGCGCGCGCGGCGGGGUUUUCAAGGAGGGCCGUUCGGGCGCUGCCAAGAUGGCGCCCUCGGCCUCCUCAGCGCCAAGGAUGAUGAAGAGGCGGCAGGCCACGCUCUUCCAGACAUGGGGGGCCCGGCCUGCCUCGGGGCCGGCGGCGGACGACGACGACGACGACGACGAGGCGCUGGCGGCGGCGGCGCUGGUGGCCGAAGCGGCGGCGGGCGGGCCUGGCCCGGUUGGCGGCGGCGCUUCCUUCUCCUCCUCCUCCUCGUCGUCGUCGUUCGUGGGGGGCCCGGCGGGCGCGCUGUGGGUGUACCCGUGGGGCGGGCGCGUGGAGGAGCGGGCCUACCAGGUGCGGGCGGCGCGGGCCGCCCUGGAGGCCAACACGCUGCUCUGCCUGCCGACCGGGCUGGGCAAGACGCUGGUGGCCGCCGUCGUCAUGUACAACUUCUACCGGUGGUUCCCCGGCGGCAAGGUCCUCUUCCUGGCCCCCACCAAGCCCCUGGUGGCCCAGCAGCGGGAGGCCUGCGCCGGCCUCAUGGGCAUCCCCGCCGCCCACAUGGCCGAGAUGACCGGAGGCACCCAAGUUGUGGAUCGGGAAGAAAUCUGGUGUGAUAAGAGGAUCUUCUUUCUUACUCCUCAGAUAAUGAUAAAUGACCUUACUCGAGGCCUGUGUCCUGCAAUUGACAUUAAGUGCUUGGUUAUCGAUGAGGCCCAUAAAGCUCUUGGAAAUUAUGCCUAUUGCCAGGUUGUGAAAGAAUUAUGCAAAUAUACCCAACAGUUCCGAAUCUUGGCUCUGACUGCUACCCCUGGUAGUGAUGCAAAGGCUGUGCAGCAAGUUAUUUCCAACCUGUUGAUUUCACAUAUAGAACUAUGCUCUGAAGAUUCUCCUGAUAUUCAGCCUUAUUCCUAUGAGAGGCAGGUUGAAAAAUGUAUCGUUCCACUUGGGAAAGAACUGACUGACAUUCAGAAGGCCUACAUUCAGGUCCUGGAAAAUUUUGCUGGCCGACUCAUUAGGUUCCAGGUUUUGAGUCAACGAGAAAUUCCUUCCCUUACCAAAUAUCAGAUAAUUUUAGCAAGAGAUCAAUUCAGGAAAAACCCUGCUUCACACUUUGUGGGUGCACAACAAGGUGUGAUAGAAGGAGAUUUUGCUCUUUGUAUUAGUUUAUAUCACGGUUAUGAGCUGCUGCUGCAAAUGGGAAUGCGAUCAUUGUAUAUCUUCUUACGUGGAAUUAUGGAUGGGUCCAAAGGUAUGACUCGCGCUAAAAAUGAGCUUGGGCGUAAUGAGGACUUCAUGAGAUUGUACAGCCAGCUUGAAAACAUGUUUGCAGACUCAGCUGUGACUUCAGCAAAUGGCAGCACAAAACCAGGAGCUGAAAACAGGAAGCCAUUCCUCUACAGUCACCCAAAGCUAAAGAAACUAGAAGACGUUGUUACAGAACAUUUCAGAUCCUGGAAGGAACAUGAUCAGAGCACCUCUGAAGGCAAACCCCUGAAUACCAGAGUUAUGAUCUUCUCCUCCUUUCGCGACAGCGUUCAGGAAAUUGCAGAGAUGCUUAGCCAGCACCAUCCGAUUGUGAGGGUCAUGACUUUUGUGGGCCACUCUACAGGAAAGAGCACAAAGGGUUUUACACAGAGGGAGCAGCUGGAGGUGGUGAGACACUUCCGUGAGGGUGGCUACAACACAUUAGUUUCCACGUGUGUAGGAGAAGAAGGCUUGGAUAUUGGAGAAGUUGACCUCAUAAUCUGUUUUGAUGCUCAGAAAAGUCCAAUUCGCCUUGUGCAGCGGAUGGGAAGAACUGGACGCAAGCGUCGAGGCCGGAUAGUGGUAAUCCUUUCUGAAGGACGAGAAGAACGAACUUACAACCAAAGCCAAUCCAAAAGAAGGAGCCUCCUCAAAGCUAUUUCUGAAAACAAAGGACUCCAUUUGUACCAGCAUAGCCCACGCAUGAUUCCAGAAGGUAUCCAACCAAAGAUGCACAGGAUGCUGAUUACACCUGCAGAGGUUGAGCCAAGCAUCUACAGACCCAGCUUGAAAGAGAGAAGAGGCCACACCCCUCUAAAAAGAUGGCUUCCCUAUUCUACUGGUGCAGGUAAAAAGCAAGUUGAUUCAACUGAAGACUGGUGUCUCACAGCUGAUGAAUUUGAAACAUGGAAAAGGUUAUAUAGACUGAAACCUGGUGAGGGAAUAAAGCAGCCAGUAAUGCCUCGAGGCCGCUUUGAAACAUUAGAAGAUGAUGAGAAGAACACAGAGUCACAGGCCAAUGAGGCUUAUGAACUGUCUUUGUCAGAGUGGAGAAUCUGGCAGAAUCGCCCUUUCCCUACACAUCUGGUGGAACACUCAGAUCUCUGCUGCCACUUCAUUAGUGUUAUGGAAAUGAUAGAACAGAUGAGACAUGAAGAGGAAGAAUGCAGUUAUGAAUCAAAAAUCCAACCUUAUUUUCACUGGGAGGAUGUUGACGAUGCCCCAGAUGUUCAGCAAAGUAAAAGUUCUCGUGGAGCCACUGUUGCUCAAAAGGUUGUUUCAUCCAGAAAGGGCCUGGUAGAUGCAUCAAAAGCCAAAAGGUGCUCAUCUUCACUGGAGGAACUUGAUGCAGAAUGUCUCUCCCUCUUUAAAGCAGCCAAUUUCAAAUCUGUGAAAAGGUUUCAAGCGUUGAAUGUGGAAUCUGGGGGCCUUACUAAAGAUGAUUGUGGCCCUUUGGAGUGCUUUUCAGCAAAUGGGCAUCUGCCUGUUGAAGAUGCUGGUAAUAAGAGAUUACCAGGUAAGAAUAAGGAAAACAUGGAUGAAUUUACCUGCACAGAAGGCAUUCCUAAUCAUGAAAAUGCAGCAAGAGAAUUUCCGCCUGCCCCUGAAAAUUGCAGCUCAUGGAGUGGACACAGUGUGGAUUCAGGCUACAGUUGCUUCACAGAAGACAAUCUACUGCUUUCUUCUCCCAUGUUUUACUUUCCUGCACCAGAGAGGGAUUCGUUCGUGCUUUCUGCUAGGAGUGCUGAUGAGGAUCCUUCUUGUGAAACAGAUAUUCUAAUAAAUGUUGCAAGGCUUCUGUCACAGUCUCCUCCAUCUCUGAAUGAACUCCUAGACUUUGAGAGAGAGAAUGAAGCCCUGUGGCUAGACUCAAUGCAGAAAAGUGUUCCUGGUGUGUGUGCAGAAAACUCUCCUCCAGAAAAGUUGACAUAUUUCUCAGAGUUCCAGAAUUCAUCCAGACCCCCUAGGAACACCUCUGAAUUCCUUGACUCUCAUAAACAGCCAUCUUCACACAAUUGGCCUUUGGAAACAAGUAGCAUUACUGAGGCUUUUGUUAGCAAGAGAAGUGUUGAUCUUAACUGGGAUGCAAUUUUUGACCUUGAGGAUGAAGAGCAGAUUGGCAUUCAGGUAGGAAAUCUAUCAGUGGCAAAUCAUGGUCCAACAAAGAAUCCUUUGCAAAGUGAUGCCGGUGGAGGGCAUCAGGGGCCUUCCAAUAAAAGGACUGGGGGAAAUAUGAGCCCUGAUGAAGAGGUGUCUAUAAAUUUAUUUGAAGAGGAUCUUUUCCCAGAAAGUAACCACCCUCCAUAUGGAAAAGGGACAAAGCUUUCAGUGUUGUCAGAUGUUUGCAGUCGAACCAAUACUCCAACUAAUGAAGCAGGAAUCUCUGAGCAGCCGCCUUCAGAGGAGAUUGUUACAAUCAGUCAUGCAAACCCCUCAAGUCCAUUAAUAAUCAAUAGUGUUGAAUGUUUGGAAGCAGCUGGUGAUCUUGAUCAUGCAAGUGAACCACAACUUCAGCAUCAUGAAGAGUUGUAUGAUGUUUCUCAAGAUUUGUUCUCUGUUAACUUUGACCUUGGGUUUUCUUUUGAAGGUUUGGAGGAUGAAACCUCACAGCAAGUAAGCAUUGUGAAAGAUGGAGGAGGACAUGUAGCUUUUCAAUCUGUUAAUGCUGAGGACACACCCACAAACAGCAGCUUAGCAAAGAAAUCUCCACUGACAUGGAGUAAUGAAUGUCUUGAUAAGACUAAGUUUUCUACGCCAUUACCUUUACAAAAAAAUUGCAACUCUAGGCUAGUGACUACUGAAAAUGUUCCUGUGGCCUCUCCUUUGACAAUAGGUGGAGAGAAAUUGUGCCAGUCACCACACUCUGAAAAGGUUGCAUUUUCUACUCCAACAGGUAGGCUGAGGAUGCGUGUUAGAGCCUCCAGAGGAGCCUACAUGAGUUCUGAUUCUAGAAAUGGGCACGAAAGCCCAUCAUUUGCUGUUCCAAGCAAAACAAACACAAGCACAGUUAAAAAGGUUUUGGCAAGUUCAGCUUUCAAUACUGACUGCUCUGCAUCGAAAAGGUCUGGAAAUGGGGGAAACAAAAACCAAGACGGCUCCAGCGUGCUUUCAGCUGAAAUAGGGGCCAGCAGUGAAAGUGAAGAAGAAAUUGUUUUUCUCAGAAAGAAUAAGAGAAAAGGAAAUGUUUUGACAUCUCCAAUGAUUAAUAACAGUCAUAACUUCGAAUCGCCAGUUCAUGCUGUCAGGAAACGUAAACGUCCACUCAUCAUGUCAGAUUUGUCUAGUGAUGGGAGCCCAGAUUUUUCUGAGAAAUCAAACCGAAGGUUGGAUGACACGCGCGGGAGCAAGAAGCAAGUGAAAGGAGUGAAGAGGCAGAAGAGGAGGGGCAGUUCUGUGAUCAAGAAUGCAGCCAAGGAGUUCAUAGAUGAAGAGGCAGAAAUUUCUGAAGAAGAAACAGUGGAAGUCUCCUCUGAUGAGCCUGCUGACUCAGAAAAUGAACUUAGCUCCUCCCUUGAUCGGUUUCUUGAUGAUGAGACAGAAAUUACACAGGCUUUAAAUGAGUCUGAGAUGCAGGCAGUCUAUCUGAAAUCUCUGCGUAGCCCAGCUGUCGGCAACCGCUAUAAGAUGGUGCAUAAACCACGCAACCUCAUGGCUGUUUUCUCACAGGUUCCAGAGCAGGACGAAAGCUAUAUGGCAGACAGUUUCUGUGUUGGGGAGGAAGAGGAGGAGGUUGAAGAGGUUCACCUGCAAAGCUCUAGUGAAGAAGAUGAAGUUUGUGUCAACUUUGAGCUCUUACAGGAGGAGAGCUUUGUGACUGGGAGAAAGCAGUACUGUACCCGCCGCAGGAAGAAACUGAAAGAGGACCAUCUGGAGCAGAGACAGGGUGCUCCACUGCUGCCGAAGAAGCCUUCUCGGAUUCAGGUUCUUGAUGACUCUAGUGAAGAUGAAGGAGGGACCCGUAAUGGGCUGCCGAAAGAACCACCAACCAACACUAAUGCUGAUGUGGGCUCUCGUUUAGUCUCAUCACUGACUAUGGACCACAGUACUUCUGUGCAAAAGACUCCAGUCCAUCCUCUCCAGGACAGAAGGGCACAAGCACUACUGAACCUAAAAGCCGCCGUGUCAGAAGAGCUGGAUUUCCACUCUCCAUUCAAAGAUCAAGGCAGAUCUGAAUUAUUGUGUGGGGACCUCCAGACUACAUUCAAGCCAGAAAGGUCUUUGGGGCACCUUCCUGCUCUCUGCUCUGCUCCUGCCCCGAGAAACCGAAGGCCUCUCUGCAUUCUGGCAGACAGCCGCGAAAUCUCUUCUGGGCCAGAUGUCAUUUCUACCCUGAAGGCUGUACAUGGAGUCAAGGUUCAGGUUUGCUCUCUGAGCGGCUGCGAUUACGUUGUCAGCAACCGGCUGGCAGUGGAGAGGAGAUGCCAGGGAGAGAUGCUGAACAGUGCACACCGGAGCAAAAUGGCCCAGCGGGUACAACAGCUGAAGAGCAAGUUUGACAGAAUCUGUGUGAUUGUGGAGAAGGAGAGAGUCAAAGCAGGAGAGACGUGGAGAGUGUUUCACAGAACCAAGCACUAUGACGGGAUGCUGUCUGCAUUCAUCCGGGCAGGAAUCCGAGUGCUCUUCAGCUCCUGCCAAGAGGAAACUGCCGACUUGCUGAAGGAGCUGGCUUUGGUAGAGCAGCGGAAGAACGCAGCCAUCUUCACGCCGACAGAAGGGAAGGGACCUGCCCAAGACGCCCUGCGUUUCUAUUUGAGCAUUCCCUGUGUCAGCUACCCAAUGGCACUGGCUUUGUGCCACUACUUUGGCUCUGUGAAAGAGAUGGCCAACAGCUCCCCAAGUGAGAUGGCCGCCGGCACUCAGGUGAAUCUGCAGAAAGCAGAGGAAGUCCACCACUACAUCCGCUAUGCCUUUGAUGCUCAGAUGCUGCUGGAGAAGGUUACGUGACCGACUGCGCCCCUUUAAACGGAUGCACUUUGUUCUUGUGGAUUACAGUCCCUCGCUGUGAGAUAUGUAAAUAAACCCUUUCAGACCAA